GUACGAAACAAGCGAGGAUAUUGUCUCCAGUACCCGAUAUCGCGAACUGCCUAUGAGCGAGCGAUUCUACCGCCUUUCUUCAAAUAGUUAGCGAUACAUAAGGACGUAGCAUCGAACGGGAGAAACUAACUCGGUCUCAACUUUCGAAAAGGAUAUUUUUAUAAAGCUUGAAGACACACGUUUUAACUUGAGGAUUAAGAGACGAGUCGGGAUGAUUCGGACGGCGCCAGCCCUCAGCAUUACCUUGCUCACCUUGGUUUACGCCCUGCCAUCUGCGCUGGGAUACAUCGCUUCCUACACGACCCGGGGCUACAGGAGCGAGAUGGGCGCGAGGAGUUGGCUUUUCGGCUACAAUGAGGAGUUGGAGCGGCGGGAGCAUGAUAUGACCUUAAUGGACUUUAUAGCUAGUACCAAUUAUACUGAAUAUAACAAAGAAAAGCUUGAAGGAAUAGAAGCAGACAAUGCGGCUUGGAAGCGAGGGAAGGCGAAGGAAGCGAGGAAGUUCUGGUCCGAGUUGUUCGGUACGGACGUAAGGCGGCAGCUGGAUAUGGCGUCGAGAGACGCCACCCCGCGCGACCAGGAGACCGUCAAAUUGAUGAAGGCUGUCCAGGGCAAGAUGGUGGGUUACUAUCACAGAGCGGAGGUCUGUACGGAGGACGGUAUAUGUCUGGGCUCCAAGCAGCUUCAGCGGAUCAUGGCCAUGGAUAAGGACCACGACAACCUUGUGCUGGCCUGGAAGGGAUACCGAGACGCGGUCGGGCCACCCAUGAAGGAUAGCUAUACUGAGUUCGUGCGGUAUUUAGAUGAAGGCGCCAAGGACAAUGGUUACCCAGACCUCGGCUACUUCUGGCGCCUAAGUGAAAUGGAUGAUCCAAACUUCGAGGUGAUUGCCCGUCAAAUGUACGACCAACUCCGACCAAUGUACGUCAAACUCCACGCAUACGUCAGACACAAACUUCUGGAGCUCUAUGGAGACUACAUGGAGGAAGACAGCCCCAUACCAGCUCAUCUUUUAGGUAACAUGUGGGCGCAGCAAUGGAACAACCGGUUGGACCUGUUAGCGCCGUACGGCGAUGUGCCUCUCCCCGACAUCACCGAGAAACUCCAAGAGCAGGGCUGGACGCCCCUACAGAUGUUCAAGGUGGCGGAAAACUUCUACAAGUCACUCGGACUGGAAGAAAUGACCGAUGAAUUCUGGAGGAACUCGCUGAUUGAGAAGCCCAAUGAUGGCCGGAGGGUGCAGUGUCACGGUGCCGCUUUUGACCUCUUUUCAAUGAAAGAUUUUAGAAUCAGAAAGUGUACCACGCCAAGCAUGGAUGAUUUCGUCUCGGUUCACCACGAAAUGGGUCACAUUGAGUAUUUCAUGCAAUACCGGUACCAGCCGUCCGUCUACCGGGGUCCCCCCAACGCAGGGUUCCACGAGGGGGUAGCAGACAUCAGUUCACUGUCAGUUCUCACGCCGAGUUACCUGCAGGAGGUUGGCCUUGGCUCCGGCUCAGGAGAUGAGAAAUCGUACAUGAACUUCCUAAUGCAGAUGGCUCUGAGUAAGGUGGCCUUCUUGCCGUUUGGCCUGCUCAUUGAUGAGUGGCGCUGGGGGGUGUUCAACAAGUCUAUCACGCCUGAGAACUACAACAGAAAGUGGUGGGAGCUGAGGAUUAAACUGCAAGGUGUGAUGCCACCUGUCGACCGAGGUGAGAGUGAUUUCGAUGCGGCUUCCAAGGCUCACAUAUCAUACAAUGUGCCGUAUAUAAGAUAUUUCGUGGCCUUUGUGAGUCAAUUCCAAUUUCACAAGUCCCUGUGCGACACGGCGGGACACACGGGACCCUUGUACAAGUGUAAUAUAGCGGGAUCGAAAGCUGCAGGAAGGAAAUUUAGGGAGUUCCUGAGCCUGGGGAAUAGCAAGUCUUGGCCCGAGGCUCUGGCGGUGCUCACGGGUCAUGAUCGCCUCGACUCCACGCCAAUGGUCGAGUACUUCGCACCAUUGAUGGAAUGGAUCGACGAAUACAUCGCCAAACAUAAUGUUAAAGUUGGAUGGCGGACAUCUAACCUGGGAGUGAAAUACUAAAAGGCGAUUGGCCAGUUGUUACGUGAUUGAAAUACUAGCGAGUGAUUGGUUGGUUAUCAACACGUGAUUUAACUGUACACUUCAGCAUUACUCUGGCGUCCUGAUCACACUCUCGCUGUCUUUUGGAGACUAUUUUUAGAUAUUGAAAACAGGAAUGGAACCAGGCCAACAUUUCAUUUACAGAAAGCGUCUAAGGGACGUUGGAACACAUUCCCAAGCCAAACGGCUCCGCCAAUGUAAAUAAGGAGUGCCAAAACAACCAAGGACAUUCGGACCCUGUUUAACCUUUAACAUAUUUCGUCUCUCUACGAACUUCCACCCUAAAAGAAGGAUUAACAAGCUUAUUUAAGUUUAAGUUUAGUCGCAUUCAUUGCAUUGGGGGAUGUAUGAUGUUGAGGUGGAAUGAUGGAGUGGUGAAUGGUGGAUAGGUGGAUCGGAUCUGAGGGGCGAGCCAGGACCACCAUCCACACAGGGAAUCCAUAUUAUGAGUUCCGUGUGCGGGCUAUAGUAUGUACAUUACGUAUACUUGCCCUGAGUGGUUGAGACCUAUCGAAACCAUCAGGCCAUUUCGUAAGGGUCGAUGUUAUUAAGAUUUGCCCUGAUAACCCUUUGUUAAGACUAUUGAACAAUGAGAAUUUAGUCCAAGGUGCGAGCGGGCUUUGUUCAAAGACAAUAGACCGUGUACUGGGCUAGACCUGAAUUCCUCGGACUGUUAGGUAAAGGGAAACACGUAAUGUUUGCAUAAGGACGUUUCUUUACGUGGUAACUUCCUGUACGAAUGGAAACCUGCUCUCCGUUUCUUCAAUUAAAAUUCUGCUACUACAAUGGUCUUCCUUUGUUGACUCUGCUUGAGGAAUUGUAUCCAUA